AUCGUGGAAGGUUACUUACUCGAUUGUAGCUCAUCAUUAAAUUUCAUUCAAAUACACGAGAACAAAGUCUGUGAAACGAAGAACGCAAUGAGUGGUUUCUUUAGCAUUCAGUCAUUUACUUUACAUUCAUCAAAGAGUUUGAUUACUUUCGAAUGAUUUAUACAAUCGUGAGAACGGUGAGAUUUGAACAUAUGGCAACCAAUAUUCAAAGCUUGUAGAAACAUCUCGUAUCGCUCUGUCAGUCAGUGUUGAAAUAGGAGAAUAUGAAAGAAUUUUUCGAGGCGUGAUUAUAUUACGGAUACUUUAUCCCAGCAUUUCUUUGAAGCCAAGCAAAUGUUCCGUCUUUUUAAAGUUAACCCACUAACUGAAAAUCUGUUGUACCUACAUAUUUUAUUAUAUUCGUGUUCUACUUUCAACUUCCCACACGAAGAUACUUUGUUUUUCACACGAAGAUAAUGUCAGGUGUUUACACCUAACCAAUAUUGCAUUGAAACGAAAGAGUAUCACUAGAAUGUGACAAACGUCGUCAUGAAUGCUAGCAUCGACUAACCUAACUACUUGCUCCGUCCAUGUUAAGUUAAUUUUGCCACACCUUCUUUCAUUAGUAAUGUUUGAUUAACUUCCCUAAGUGCAGGCUACCAUAGAGAAAAAACAUGUUCUCUUACUCUGAAAAGAUGUUUGAUCAAGUGUAUGUCGGUGUCGACGUGGGAACUGGAAGCGUGCGCGCUGCGUGUGUGUCUUCAGAGGGAAACAUUUUGCACCAUCAAACGGUGCCCAUCACAGUGCACAACCCGGCGGAGCACUUCUAUGAGCAGGCGUCCCAGGAGGUUUGGCAGGCUGUGUGUCAUGCUGUACAAAACGUAUGCGGGGAGUUGAAAGAAGAUCAGAAAGUCGCUGGUAUCGGUUUCGAUGCCACCUGCUCGCUGGUGGUUCUGGAUGAGCAGGACCAGCCACUCACGAUUGACCAACACACAGGAGAAGACAAAUGGAAUAUAGUGAUGUGGAUGGACCACAGGGCGGCCGAAGAAGCUGAGGUCAUAAACCAAAACCCACACAGUGUACUGCAAUACGUGGGAGGAAAAGUGUCUCUAGAAAUGCAAACCCCAAAACUCUUGUGGCUUAAGCGUCAUCUUCCUGACACUUGGACCAAAGCGGGACACUUCUUAGACUUGCCCGACUUUCUGACCUUCAGGGCAACCGGCAACGCUACCAGAUCUUUGUGCUCGCUGGUGUGCAAAUGGACCUACGACGGCAAAAAACACUCCUGGGACUCAAAGUUUCUCUCCGACAUUGGACUGGAAGACUUGACGCGAGAUGACUUCAGAAAAAUAGGCAGUAUCGUGCUACCGCCCGGCAGUGUGUGUGGUCACGUCACGGCUGAAGCUGCUCAGCAGCUCGGCGUGCCUCAGGGCACUCCUGUGGCAUCGUCCCUCAUUGACGCCCACGCUGGGGCCCUGUCUCUCCUCACCGCCUCGCGGGAGGGCCCCGCCGGGACUCUCGCGGUGAUCAGCGGCACGUCCUCGUGUCACCUGAUAUGCAGCGAGUCUCGUCACGACGUGCCCGGUGUGUGGGGUCCCUACUACGGCGCCCUGCUGCCGGGGCAGUGGCUGGCAGAGGCGGGACAGAGUGCCACCGGCGCUCUCUGCGACCACGUCAUCAACACGCAUCCUGCAGCGAACGCUGCGCUGUGCAACAGCAAACGGGCAGAGUGUGUUGAAGCUCUCGUAUACCAGCUAGCCGAGUCCCGCGGUCUAUCAGACCCCACGACGCUGACACGGUCUCUACACGUGUACCCAGACCACCACGGCAACAGGUCUCCUCUCGCAGACCCCAACAUGUCAGGCAUGGUGAGCGGACUGACAUUGAGCGCCGGCCCCGAUGACUUAGCGCUGACGUAUCUAGCGACGGUCCAGGCGUUGGCAUACGGCACGCGGCAUAUAGUCGAGCAGCUGAGGAGCAGCGGUCACGUCAUCCGUAGCGUGAUGCUCUGCGGCGGCCUCGCGCAGUCGAAGCUGUUCACGCAGACUCACGCAGACGUGCUCGGGGUGGAUGUGGUGGUGCCACAGCAGCAGCAGCUGAGUGUGGUGCGCGGGGCGGCGUUGCUGGGAGCGGCGGCCGCUGCGCCCGGGGACCUGUACACCGCCUUCGCCUCCUUCACCGCCAACGCUUGCAGCGUCACCGCGCCACAACGCAACCAUCGCAGAUUCCAUGACCUGAAAUACGAAGUCUUCAAAAAGAUGCAGGCGGAUCAACUUCAGUACCGCGUCAUAAUGGGACAGCUGUCCGUUUCCGAGGCAUGAGCAUCGUGCUCAUUAUGUUUGUUCAGUCACGAUCAUGUUGCUAUACAUGCACCGAUUGCAUGAUUUCGAAAUUUUUCAUAAAUUGUUUGCAAGA